AUGCCCCUGAGGAGUCCCGUCUGCGACUUGCACAGUGCCUGUAUUGCUGUCAAAGUGGCUCGCUUGUUCAAGCAACAGCAGUUUCUAAAAGAUCGUGGUGAGUGGAUAUUGAAUCACGACUUGUCUGUGUUGGAGCAGCUGGAUGAGAAGGAUCCCUUAAGCGCUGAGGAUCUCUGA